AUCUUCCGGUUGCUCACUGUUUACAAUUUACAGUUUUCCCAAACAUAAAAUAUUUUCACAUUAUACUGCAUCAAAUAUAACAUUAACAUGGCCAUGAUAAAACCACUAGAAGCCUGUGUGGUUUUAACCAUGAUUUUUCACUUGCUGAUGUGCCCGUUCACAAAGGUUGAGGAAAGCUUCAACAUACAAGCUAUUCAUGACAUUAUCAACUAUGGUUUUGAUGUAGAAAAGGUGGCUGGUUGAUUGAUAAAUCUGUAACUGUUACUCACUCACUGUUAGGGUUACUGUUAGCGUUUUAAAAAGAAGUUAAGCCUAACUCCCUGAUCCCUGGCCUUAGUGAAUGACUACUGACACAUCAUGAUUAUUGUCUCAGUAGUAGUACUACCAGUGUCAGUACAAGGGAUGUCUUUACUCUUUAUAGUGGUUGAGCUGGGCAAUGUAGGCCUAAUUGACGUGUGUAAUGCACUGUGCCCCCAUCAUGACCAUAACUGUUUAGCUAUGUAUAUGUAAGAAAUUAAACAUUGACAUGUAUGCAUUUUAAUUUUAGGCCCAGGGGUGGGCAGUACCAUGGGUUAAGAGAAGACUUAAGAUAUCACUGGUCGGUAAAUGUGAAGAGAUAGCACUGCGUUUGCCGCGACCCGCGAACUUAUGUCCUAAAUCUAUCCCUAAACCUAACCUGAACCCUAAACUUAUCCCUAACCUGGGUUUUGACACUAUCGGAACCAUGGUUUUGACCCUUGAGAAAGUAACUAAGCUGAUGUCCUGUCCGUUCGUUCACCAUACAAAUACGCUUCAGUAAAUUAAAACUAUAUUAAAACAUUACUAAAAUUUUUUUGCCCCCCCCCCUGGAUUUCUGCGGGCGCCCAUGUAUGAUAUAUAAAGUAAGAUUGUCUUCACUACAGGGUUGCCAAAUAAAAAUUUAAAUUUUGUGUAUUCUGUCCCCAAAUUUUUAUGGACAAACAUAAUUUCUUUACAGAAACAUUCUAAACAAUCUAAACUUGUUAAAACUAUAAAGCAAACUUUUGUUUCAAAUUGCCAUAUGACUAUCUCUCUACAACUCCAGGAUCCUAAAUCAUAUGACCAUUAGUACAGGGCUUGAGCUUAUUGUAUGUAGUUAGCUUAUUUAAAUUAUUAUAUGGCAUUCUCAUGUGUUGAAUUCUCCUGAUUAUGAUCAUAUACUUUUAAAGCAAGCGUGAAGACAUCACAAACACAUUCUGCUUCACUUCACAGAUUUUUUUUUUUCAAUGUCUAAUUUUUACUGACACAUAAAGUUCUUUCAGGUUUUUGUUGUACAGUUAAUUUAAAUUUUACAAUAAAAUAAAAUGUGGUAAGAGGAUGGGCUUGUAAUAAUGAGUUAUAAAUACAAUACUACAUGUAUUUGAACCAAUGGAUUUGUUGUUUUUUUCUACUGCUACAUUUAGAGGUGGAGACAAAAUUUAAAGUUGGUUUGUUACAUCAUACAGUUAUCCUUUUUAUGAUACUGUUUUAAACAUUAGGUCAAGACAUUUACAUGAAAACAGAAUUAGAAGAAUUCAAAUACAGUACUAGCUUUGUUCUUUUUUGAAAAUUGGGCAUGACUCAAAUUUUGUGCAUGGUCAUUACAAAUAAGGACAGAUAGAUCCUUAGUAAUCCUAUAUUUGGAGUGCAUUAACACCCCACCCCACCCACCCCCACCCAUCCCACCCCCUAACCACUAAUUUUUCAAAACUUUAUAUCAUGAAACCAAUUAAUUUCAACCAAACUAAAAGAUUGGACAUGAAAGUGAAAGUAAAAAAGACACAUGCAGAAAAGAAAUCAACACCCAAAGGAUAAGAUAAGUUACUUACAUUUUUUUUUAAAAUCAUCAAACCCAUGCAGUAAAAUAACAUUUUCAUUUCCUUCAGUUUGAUCACCUAGAGUUUCCAGGUGUUGUUCCUCGAAGCUUCCUUGGACCUCUAGCUGUUGCUGCCGUAGCUUCACCAUUUGUGAUCUUGAGUAAUCUUACAGGGGCCAGUAAACUAGCCCAACAGUACAUAGGCAAGUAAACAUAAAAUGGCAUAGGACAGUGGUUGGAAAACUCAUUAGUCAAAAGAGCCAAAAAUCAGCAGCAGGACGAUUAAAUUUCUUUGAGAGCCAAAUUUCUUUUGAAGAACCUGUCAAGAACCAUGUUUUUCAGAUUCAAAACCGAUUUGUGGCUCACUGGCCGAGCCGCACUCAAGUCGCUAAAGAACCGCAUGCUGGCCGCGACUUGCUGACCACUGGCAUGGGAUAUUAAAAGUUAAAAUAUAACAGGGGGACCCUGCAUUACAAUGGUAGCAUGUCAACCUCAUAACCAAUCAACUCAACAGCCCUCAGAGGCUGAUAUUCAUGGUGAUGAGGAAAUCCCCUAGUAAAAAUAUUCUCCGCCUAUGAAGACUGAAGGCAGCUGUCAACAUGAUGUACGAUAAUAACUGAAGAAAUAAAUACAUUUUAGAAUAGAAUUACCACUCAAAAAUCCACAAUAUAACUCAAAUACAAUAGGAAGAAGUAAACAAUUUAUCUCUUUACAUUAUUUGGGAGAACUAUAGAAAUGUUCCUCAACCAUUUUUUACUUUUUAACAUUUAUUUCCAGUAAGAGGAACAAUUGGAUUGGCUACAGCUGUAUCAUUCAUAAUUUUCUGUAGAGCUGUUGAAUCUGGUUUUGGAGGCAGUGUUAAAAAUUGGCUGCUGCUUAUCACAAUUACUCAAUUCCACUUCAUGUUUUACAUGUCAAGACCUUUGCCAAAUGUAUUUGCUUUGAUUCUAGGUAAGUUUUUCUUUUUUGGUCAAAAUUUUUAAAAAUUAUCAUAAAAUACUUUGCUUGUAAAACUGUUCAGUAUUUUCAAAAAAAAAUUCAACAACAUUAAGUUCUAUUAACUAGGGUCAGUGAUAGAUCCCUUGAUAGAAUUUCAGGGAUCCAUGGAUAGGAAAACAUUACAACUAGGGAAAAUAUUCCCUCUACUAUUACAUGACUUGGCUACUCUGUGCUGGUAUUUCUUAUGUAUUCUUAAGGCAACUUGUAGUUUUCCAGGUGUGAUUAGGUACAAUAGCUCAAUAUUGUAUAAAUAUGCUGCAGUUGUCUGUGUCCACAAACUUUUAAAAGUCUGAAAUUUUAUGACACAAGUAAAUGAACUUCUAUGAUGCUCACUUCUGUCACCUGCAGCUGACAAAAUUUUAAAUAAGGAUUGGUUUAUGGGACACAUAAUUGUAUUUUAUGAAUUAGGAUUACAAUUUAUGUUUUGAACAGUUUGAUUAAACCUUUCAUUUUGUCUAUAAAUAAACCUACAGUACUGCUGGCACUCUCCAGCUGGCUAUAUCAGAAACACAAAAUGUUUAUUUGGCUUUCUGGAGCAUCCAUCAUCAUCUUUAGAUUUGACCUGGUCAUGUUCCUGGGCCUGAUUGUCUGCAGUGAGCUUGUUGCUGGGAGACUCAGUGUUAUCAAGUUCAUUGUUACAACUAUUUUGGCUGGAAUUUGUUUAUUGGGUGAGGCAUUCACUUGUGUACAUUUUUAUAUUGUAAUGCUGUAAAUAAAUGUUAGUUACAUUUCAGUUGGGCAAAGUUUUCUCCUUGAGGCCCACAUGACAUGUGCAAGGUCUGUGGGUGGGUUACAUGUGACAAAAUAUGUCUAAAUUUGCUUAAAUAUUAUUUUCAUUAUGUAUUUACUAGUCAUAUAACUAUGUUUAAUAUUAUUUUUAGUUCAACAUAGCGUUGCAUUAACCACUUCUCUCCCCCUUUUUUGUAUUCACAUUGAAAUCACUGAUUAAAUGUGUAGCACCAUUCCUUAUUUUUAAACCACCCUACCCUUGAUUGGGAAAAGGUUGUUUAAUUCCGAAUACAUUCUAAUUUAUUAUAAAGAAUGCUAUCAGGUGAUUCAAUAUCUAGAAUUUCUUUUUUGGAAGGUUCUAACUUACUGUCUAUAUAUAUAAUCCAGCAGCUUUCCUAGAUGGGAGAGAUAUUUGCUAAUUUUCUUAGACUUGAGACAUAUUAAUUGGAGCCUUACACAAUUGAACUCUUUGUGUGUGUGUAUGUUAGUAUUUGUAUCUUUCAAGGCUUAUACUGUUUCACUUGCUGUGCUGAAAGUUCAUAUAGUUUUUAUUUCUAUAUAAUUGAUUUUGAAUUUUUAAAAAUAAAUUUACUAUUACAAUUAAAUUGAAUAUUGUUAAUAUCACCAGCUUUGGUAUAGUUUUUCUUUGUGUUCUGGCUUUCAGUCCAUUGUGACGUUAGUGUUCAUUUAACGAGCCAAAGCAGAUUAAAUUUACAAAAACAAUACAACAGUAUUUAACAAUAUACUUGGUACUAAGUCCACAAAAUUGACAUCUUUGCCUUUUGGUUCAAGUUUACUCACCCCUGGUUUUAAUGGAUAAUUUUGCUCUAUGCAUUUCUGAUAUUUACUUGUAAAAAUCACAUAAUAAUAAAUGGGCACAGUUUCAUUUUAGACUUGUGAUCUUGUGGUAAGGUAUGCUAUUGGCAGUUCUUGAUGACAACUUACUCUCUGCCUCUUAUCACAGGUUUAACCAUGACGGUGGACUCUUACUUUUGGCAGCGUUGGUUGUGGCCUGAAGGGGAGGUUAUGUGGUUCAAUGUGGUGCUCAACAAGAGCUCUGACUGGGGCGUAUCCUUUUCUUAAUCCUCAAAAAUCUAUUUCCAGAGAUUUUUACAUUUAUUAUUUCAUUCGUUGUUUUGCAUUCAAACUGUGGGAAUUAUUUUCUGUAAAUUGGUGUUUCAGAUGAUAAUUCAGGCUUCAGCAUUUAUUUACUUUACAACUGGCAGCAAUUAAACUGUAACUAAAUUUGUUUAAGAUUAAAAAAUUGCUCAAAUUCAAGUAAAUUAUGUAGAUUAUUAUUUAAAGAUUAUCAAUUUCUUGAAUGUUUGACCUCGUUAAUCUAAGCCAGACUUCACCAUUUCUCUGGUACUUUUACUCUGUCCUGCCCCGAGCACUGUCACUGACCCUUGUUCUCGUACCAGUUGGUGUGUACCUCAUGCGUCAUGUGACAGUCUUGUUAUUCCCUGCCAUCGGGUACAUCCUGCUGUUUUCCUUGCUGCCGCAUAAAGAGCUGAGGUUCAUCAUCUACACGUUUCCUGUGUUUAACACCGUGGCAGCCUGCGCCAUGUCAGCUUUGUGAGUGAUAAGCUAUUUGUAGAUGUCACUGUGGUUGUUUGUAGAUGUCACUGUGGUUGUUUGUAGAUGUCACUGUGGUAGUUUGUUGAUGUCACUUUGGUUGUUUGUUGAUGUCACUGUGGUUGUUUGUUGAUGUCACUUUGGUUGUUUGUUGAUGUCACUGUGGUUGUUUGUUGAUGUCACUGUGGUUGUUUGUUGAUGUCACUUUGGUUGUUUGUUGAUGUCACUUUGUGGUUGUUUGUUUUUGUCACUGUGGUUGUUUGUUGAUGUCACUGUGUUGUUUGUAGAUGUCACUGUGGUUGUUUGUAGAUGUCACUGUUGUUGUUUGUUGAUGUCACUUUGGUUGUUUGUUGAUGCCACUUUGGUUGUUUGUUGAUGUCACUUUGUUUGUUUGUUGAUGUCACUUUGGUUGUUUGUUAAUGUCACUGUGCCUGUUUGCCAAGGGGAAAACAUUUCAACAACAAAAAUUUGGAGAUUUUUUUUCUGCAUCACUUAAAAAAACAUCAUGUAAAUGUAAGAUGACAAACAUUUUAAAAAAUUGUUGCUCGAUUUUGCUCUUGUCAUUGAAUUUGAUUUUUAAAUUGUAUUGCUAAAUAAACCUCGGAGCCUUUUGAAAUGUCUCCCUCCAAAAUGUAUGAAGUGUUCAUUGGUUCCCCUUUCUUGUUAGUGGCACCUAGUAUGUAGGCGUUGUAGCUGCAGUAAGAUGCAUUGGAGGUGGCGGCCAGUAAAGUGCAUCAUGUAAAUAGGAACUGUUCUCUCCUGUCUCGGUUGUUCCACUUCUUCUUAAAUAUUUUUCAUUCCUCAUGCAAACAGGGUAGAUGAACUCUCUUUAUUUUUCCAUGUUUAUUUUCUAGGUGUUGGAUUUUGUAUGACAUAUCUCUCCAAUAUCAGUUGCUGGUGACACUGUCAUGAGAAUAUUACUAGCUUGGAUCAACUUAAAUUUCUAAAUAUGACCAUUAUAGUUGUAGUGUCCAGUACUCACGUCCAGCUCUUAUAACUUGAGUAGUCAUUUUUAGUUGUGGUAAGCAUGGCAAAGUUUUCUUCUGUUGAUUUUUCCCAUUGAUCUUUAUAGGUGGAAAAACAAGGAUAAAUCUUUGCUAAAAAAGCUUGGGGCCAUGGCAGCGUUGUGCUUACUGCUGGGCAACGCUGUCGUCACGUCUGGAUUCCUCUACAUAGCACACCACAACUACCCGGGCGGGACGGCCAUCAAAGUCUUGCAUCAGCUUGAGCACGACACGUCAGGUGCUCUGUUCAUUUUAUUGAAUUUAUAUAAUCACUUGCCCACCUUUGCCCCAGGAAAUAUAUUUAAUGUUUCAUUACAUGGUUAUUGAAUUCAUAUAGUCACUUGCCCACCUUUGCCCCAGGAAAUAUAUUAAUGUUUCAUUACAUGGUUAUUGAAUUCAUAUAGUGACUUGCCCACCUUUGCCCAGGAAAUAUAUUUAAUGUUUCAUUACAUGGUUAUUGAAUUCAUAUAGUCACUUGCCCACCUUUGCCCAGGAAAUAUAUUUAAUGCUUCAUUCUAUGGUUAUUGAAUUCAUAUAGUCACUUGCCCACCUUUGCCCAGGAAAUAUAUUUAAUGCUUCAUUCUAUGGUUAUUGAAUUCAUAUAGUCACUUGCCAACCUUUGCCCCAGGAAAUAUAUUUAAUGUUUCAUUACAUGGUUAUUGAAUUCAUAUAGUGACUUGCCCACCUUUGCCCCAGGAAAUAUAUUAAUGUUUCAUUACAUGGUUAUUGAAUUCAUAUAGUGACUUGCCCACCUUUGCCUCAGGAAAUAUAUUAAUGUUUCAUUACAUGGUUAUUGAAUUCAUAUAGUGACUUGCCCACCUUUGCCCCAGGAAAUAUAUUAAUGUUUCAUUACAUGGUUAUUGAAUUCAUAUAGUGACUUGCCCACCUUUGCCCCAGGAAAUAUAUUAAUGUUUCAUUACAUGGUUAUUGAAUUCUUUGCCCCAGGAAAUAUAUUAAUGUUUCAUUACAUGGUUAUUGAAUUCAUAUAGUCACUUGCCCACCUUUGCCCCAGGAAAUAUAUUAAUGUUUCAUUACAUGGUUAUUGAAUUCAUAUAGUGACUUGCCCACCUUUGCCCAGGAAAUAUAUUUAAUGCUUCAUUCUAUGGUUAUUGAAUUCAUAUAGUCACUUGCCCACCUUUGCCCAGGAAAUAUAUUUAAUGCUUCAUUCUAUGGUUAUUGAAUUCAUAUAGUCACUUGCCCACCUUUGCCCAGGAAAUAUAUUUAAUGCUUCAUUCUAUGGUUAUUGAAUUCAUAUAGUCACUUGCCCACCUUUGCCCAGGAAAUAUAUUUAAUGCUUCAUUCUAUGGUUAUUGAAUUCAUAUAGUCACUUGCCCACCUUUGCCCAGGAAAUAUAUUUAAUGCUUCAUUCUAUGGUUAUUGAAUUCAUAUAGUCACUUGCCCACCUUUGCCCAGGAAAUAUAUUUAAUGCUUCAUUCUAUGGUUAUUGAAUUCAUAUAGUCACUUGCCCACCUUUGCCCAGGAAAUAUAUUUAAUGCUUCAUUCUAUGGUUAUUGAAUUCAUAUAGUCACUUGCCCACCUUUGCCCAGGAAAUAUAUUUAAUGCUUCAUUCUAUGGUUAUUGAAUUCAUAUAGUCACUUGCCCACCUUUGCCCAGGAAAUAUAUUUAAUGCUUCAUUCUAUGGUUAUUGAAUUCAUAUAGUCACUUGCCCACCUUUGCCCAGGAAAUAUAUUUAAUGCUUCAUUCUAUGGUUAUUGAAUUCAUAUAGUCACUUGCCCACCUUUGCCCAGGAAAUAUAUUUAAUGCUUCAUUCUAUGGUUAUUGAAUUCAUAUAGUCACUUGCCCACCUUUGCCCAGGAAAUAUAUUUAAUGUUUCAUUCUAUGGUUAUUGAAUUCAGCAACAAGGAAAUCAAAGGUUUGUGUUGUGGUGCGUAUGUAAACAUAUUAAUACUAGUAUUAAAGCCCGUUUAGGCCAGGUUCUGCUGUGUCUGUUAAUAUAGGGCAGUGUUUAAUACUCAACCUUACUUAUUUUUACUUUUUACAAUUAAUUAAUUACACUUCAACAUCAGCACUUCAUCACAGACCCCAACUUGACACACCAGGUUCCAGAAGCCAAACAAAGUAACUGUGAAAAAAAAAGUUAAGUUUUGACUUAUGGCAUCAGAAGAUUUUGUGCCAUCCUAGGGCAUUGUCAUUAAAAUAAGUUUGAUAUGUGUGCCCGUGAUUUCAGAGCUGAUUAUAGAUAGACGUUUGAAAAAAUCUGGGAUGCCAAGUAUAAUUCUGUGAGUUUGAGCUUGUAUGAUAGAGUGCUACCAGUGUGUUUGAGACUGUAUCAUAGAGUGCUACCAGUGUGUUUGAGAAUGUAUCAUAGAGUGCUACCAGUGUAUUUGAGCUUGUAUGAUAGAGUGCUACCAGUGUGUUUGAGCUUGUAUGAUGUGUGUUUGAGAUUGUAUCAUAAAGUGCUACCAGUGUGUUUGAGACUGUAUCAUAGAUUGUUACCAGUGUGUUUGAGACUGUAUCAUAGAGUGCUACCAGUGUGUUUGAGAUUGUAUCAUGGAGUGCUACCAGUGAGUUUGAGAUUGUAUCAUAGAGUGCUACCAGUGUGUUUGAGAUUGUAUCAUAGAGGGCUACCAGUGUGUUUCAUGUAUCAUGUAUCAUGAUUGUAUCAUGAUGUGUAUAAUUUUACAUGUAGGUAAAUUUUCAAAACUGACUUUCUUUGUCUUCAGUUUUCUAAUUAAUGUGUCUGUAUUGAUUGAUUUGUGUUUGAUCAGAUGUGCAUGUCUGAUUGAUCAUGUAAUUGAUUUGUGUUUGAUCAGAUGUGCAUGCCCACAUUGAUCUUGUAAUUGAUUUGUGUUUGAUCAGAUGUGCAUGCCCACAUUGAUCUUGUCAUUGAUUUGUGUUUGAUCAGAUGUGCAUGCCCACAUUGAUUUUGUCAUUGAUUUGUGUUUGAUCAGAUGUGCAUGCCCACAUUGAUCAUGUCAUUGAUUUGUGUUUGAUCAGAUGUGCAUAUCUGAUUGAUCGUGUUAUUGAUUUGUGUUUGAUCAGAUGUGCAUGUCCACAUUGAUCAUGUCAUUGAUUUGUGUUUGAUGAGAUGUGCAUGUCUGAUUGAUUGUGUUAUUGAUUUGUGUUUGAUCAGAUGUGCAUGCCCACAUUGAUCAUGUCAUUGAUUUGUGUUUGAUCAGAUGUGCAUGUCCACAUUGAUCAUGUCAUUGAUUUGUGUUUGAUGAGAUGUGCAUGUCUGAUUGAUUGUGUUAUUGAUUUGUGUUUGAUCAGAUGUGCAUGCCCACAUUGAUCAUGUCAUUGAUUUGUGUUUGAUCAGAUGUGCAUGUCUGAUUGAUCGUGUUAUUGAUUUGUGUUUGAUCAGAUGUGCAUGUCUGAUUGAUCGUGUUAUUGAUUUGUGUUUGAUCAGAUGUGCAUGUCCACAUUGAUGUGUAUACAGCACAGACGGGUGUCACUAGGUUUACCCAGCUCAGGCAGGACUGGAUGUGAGUAAACUCAUCUCUCAAUGUUUCACAGUAAUAACAUGGGAAUUAUUUACAUUCAUUCCUAGUUUUGGGGUGGCAUUUAGAAUUAAGUUUCUUUGUAUUUAAAAAUAGACAUCAGUAUGUUUGUAUUUAAAAAUAGACAUCUGUACAUUUGUAUUUCAAAAAACUCUCCUCCAGUCUCACCUGUAUAUUUCAAAGUGCUCUCCUCCAGACUUGCCAGUAUAUUUCAAAGAGUUCUCCUCCAGGCUCACCUGUAUAUUUCAAAGUGCUCUCCUCCAGUCUCACCUGUAUAUUUCAAAAUGCUCUCAUCCAGUCUCACCAUCAUAUUUAAAAAAACUCUCCUCCAGUCUCACCUGUAUAUUUCAAAGUGCUCUCCUCCAGUCUCACCUGUAUAUUUCAAAGUGCUCUCCUCCAGUCUCACCUGUAUAUUUCAAAGUGCUCUCAUCCAGUCUCACCAUCAUAUUUCAAAAAACUAUCCUCCAGUCUCACCUGUGUAUUUCAAAGUGCUCUCAUCCAGGCUCACCUGUAUAUUUCAAAGUGCUCUCAUCCAAGUUCACCUGUAUAUUUCAAAGUGCUCUCAUCCAGGCUCACCUGUGUAUUUCAAAGUACUCUCAUCCAGGCUCACCUGUAUAUUUCAAUGUGCUCUCAUCCAAGCUCACCUGUAUAUUUCAAAGUGUUCUCAUCCAGGCUCACCUGUAUAUUUCAAAGUGCUCUUCACCAGGCUCACCUGUAUAUUUUAAAGUGCUCUCCUCCAGGCUUACCUGUAUAUUUCAAUGUGCUCUCCUCCAGUCUCACCUGUAUAUUUCAAAGUGCUCUCCUCCAGGCUCACCUGUAUAUUUCAAUGUGCUCUCAAUCCAGGCUCACGAGCAUUUAUCAAAGUGCUCUCCCCCAGGCUUGCCUGCAUAUUUCAAAUUGCUCCUUAUUCUAUGCUCUGUUCCAUGGCUCUAGCUCCUCAUUCUCUGUUCCAUGGCUCUAGCUCUAGCUCCUCAUUCUCUGUUUCAUGGCUCUAGCUCUAGCUCCUCAUUCUCUGUUCCAUGGCUCUAGCUCUAGCUCCUCAUUCUCUGUUCCAUGGCUCAAGCUCUAGCUCCUCAUUCUCUGUUCCAUGGCUCUAGCUCUAGCUCCUCAUUCUCUGUUCCAUGACUCUAGCUCUAGCUCCUCAUUCUCUGUUCCAUGGCUUUAGCUCUAGCUCCUCAUUUUCUGUUCUGUUCCAUGGCUCUAGCUCCUCAUUCUCUGUUUCAUGACUCUAGCUCUAGCUCCUCAUUCUCUGUUCCAUGGCUCUAGCUCCUCAUUCUCUGCUCUGUUCCAUGGCUCUAGCUCUCACACAUAAUUCUCUGUUUCAUGGCCCUAGCUCUAGCUUCUCAUUCUCUGUUCCAUGGCUCUAGCUCUAGGUCCUAAUUCUUUGUUCCAUGGCUCUAGCUCAUCAUUCUCUGUUCCAUGGCUCUAGCUCUAGCUUCCCAUUCUCUGUUCCAUGGCUCUAGCUCUAGCUCCUCAUUGUCUGUUCCAUAGCUCUAGCUCCUCAUUCUCUGUUCCAUGGAUCUAGCUCCUCAUUCUCUUUUCCAUGGCUCUAGCUUCUUAUUCUCUGCUCAAUAGCUCUAGCUUCUCAUUCUCUGUUCCAUGGCUCUAGCUCUAGCUCCUCAUUCUCUGUUCCAUGGCUCUAGCUCUAGCUCCUCAUUCUCUGUUCCAUAGCUCUAGCUCCUCAUUCUCUGUUCCAUAGCUCUAGCUCCUCAUUCUCUGUUCCAUAGCUCUAGCUCCUCAUUCUCUGUUCCAUGGCUCUAGCUCCUCAUUCUCUGUUCCAUGGCUCUAGCUCCUCAUUCUCUGUUCCACGGCUCUAGCUCCUCAUUCGCUGUUCCAUAGCUCUAGCUCCUCAUUCUCUGUUCCAUGGCUCUAGCUCCUCAUUCUCUGUUCCAUGGCUCUAGCUCCUCAUUCUCUGUUCCAUAGCUCUAGCUCCUCAUUCUCUGUUCCAUGGCUCUAGCUCCUCAUUCUCUGUUCCAUGGCUCUAGCUCCUCAUUCUCUGUUCCAUAGCUCUAGCUCCUCAUUCUCUGUUCCAUGGCUCUAGCUCCUCAUUCUCUGUUCCAUGGCUCUAGCUCCUCAUUCUCUGUUCCAUAGCUCUAGCUCCUCAUUCUCUGUUCCAUGGCUCUAGCUCCUCAUUCUCUGUUCCAUGGCUCUAGCUCCUCAUUCUCUGUUCCAUAGCUCUAGCUCCUCAUUCUCUGUUCCAUGGCUCUAGCUCCUCAUUCUCUGUUCCAUGGCUCUAGCUCCUCAUUCUCUGUUCCAUGGCUCUAGCUCCUCAUUCUCUGUUCCAUGGCUCUAACUCCUCAUUCUCUGUUCCAUGGCUCUAGCUCCUCAUUCUCUGUUCCAUAGCUCUAGCUCCUCAUUCUCUGUUCCAUAGCUCUAGCUCUAGCUUCUCCUCCAAUAGCUGUUCCCAGUUGAUAAGGUGAUGGAGGGGCAUUCAUGACUUCAUUUAGUCUCCUUAGUUUGAUGGAUCUUCCUUAUCCAAGUUUCAACAAUUUUCAAACCCUGCAUAUUUUACUGUUAAUUGACAUGGUCUAAAAAAUGAGUUUAAGUACUUUAGACACAUAAUAGAUUUGUUUCCGAGGCUUAUCACUGUGCUGAGCUACAGUCUUUUUCUACUGCUAUUUAUGACCAUAAACUUUUGUUAUUUACAAUUUUUAAAAUCAAACCAAUUAAAACUCAAUUUAAAUUUUGUUGAAUUAAACUCAUGAUUCUUCUUGCUUCCAUGUUUUUAGAUACAACAAAACAGAAAACCUCCCAGUUGGUGGGCCAGACAUCCUGGCCUAUUCCCAUCUGAUGGUGGGCUCACCAGAUAAAAACAGCAGGCUACUGGAAGGCUAUGCUGACACGCAUACAAUCUUAGCUGAAAUUGUAGCCUACGACAGACUUGUCAUUGACAAGUCUUCCUUCCCACCAGUACGUGUUCUGUUCUCAGAGAAAUGUUACAUUCUUAAGAAGAAAGUUUGAAUCAAAUUUUCAGUAUUUGCUGACUUACAACUUACAGUGAACAGAUUGUUAGACUAGACUUAUAGAAUAUACAAUUAGUAUUUACUCAUGUAGACCAAGUGUUUAUGGUUCCUUGAUAUUAUUAGAUUGAAUAUUUGACAAUGAAUACAUUCAAUAGAAAUAUUUUUCAGUUCAUGUUUGUGGAAUAACACUGGCAAUGUGAAAUGGAAUGAGACACUCCUCUCAUUUAUUUUUAAAAAUGAAGUUUCGGACCGAAGACUUUCAAGAUGAUUUUCUAUUUUUAAAUUUGAGAGUUUUUAAGGUCCUAAUUUUGUUUGUUUACAUACCUAUUCAUGUAAGUGUUUUAAACUAUUUUAUAAUGUUGGACAAUCCUUCUUCCUUUUACCAACCUUUUUCUGCCAUUUUUAUUACAAUUAAUAUGUUGGUGUUUACAAUGUAAUUCCUUCUGACCUCGACACAUGAGUGUUCUCUUCAACAAGUAUUAAUAUAAUACUGACAAGAAAUGUUAGUGUAAUAUACUGCUAUAACUAUACUAUCUGCAUUACUGGACUGUAUGCUACAAACAUCAUUUUUUUAACAGUCAGUGAAGUUAUGACACAAAUAAAAUGAACAUUUACAGAUUCUAUCCUUGAUCUAUGCUCUUUGGGAUACUGAGCACUGAAAACAAAAUACAGAAAAUAAAAGUCAGGAUAGAAUUUGACUAAUGGGUACCCCUAGCAAGACCUUUCACUUCCUGUAAGAGGAGGAGGCGGUCUUAGCCUGGGCUUCAACACCCUCCUACACUACCACAACCCAAGUAAUUGUCUAUCCUUGAAUAAAAUACCUCUUUUAUGGUAACUGUUUUCUGUUGAAAUAAACCUCUAUGCUAGAAGCAAAAGCAGUCAACACAAAGAAACUGUUCACUCGUCUUUUUUUUAAAAUGUUUUAUCGCGUGACAAAAAAAUUAUCUGCAUCAUAAACCAUUUCUUGUCAAACAUUAACACAAUUUUUACUUAUGUUAGAUCAUUCAUUCCCAGUUAAAUACAUUAGCGCAUUUUUCAAAUAUGAAAUUCCAUUCCAAAUUAAGCUUAUUUAUUAAAGCGUAAACGCUUCAUUUUUUAAAAAGUAAUAGUUCUCGGUUGUUUUAAAUGUAAUGUUACCGUUGAAUAGGAAUGACAUAACAAAAGUUAUGACUUGUAAUGUUUUCUUUGCUCGCCAAUUAGGUGAUUUGUUGUAACUGAGAUUUUACGCUAUGUUGUCUCAUGGGUUGUGUCCCUUUGAAUGUCCACAGCAUUAUUUAAGAAUUUACAAGUUGUUUUUUUUUACCACUGUAAUUUGCAAGAUUCUUUUUUUGUGAGUUAUAUAUUUUUAGGUUAUAUAAUUUAAUUUGCAAGGGCAAAUUUGUUUAAGCAUUAAAUUUAAUAGUUGAAAGUUGUCUCGUAGGGCAAGAUGUAGAUUGGAUCGCUCCUGUUUUUAAUCAAAUUCCAUGAGGCAUAGUCAAUCUUGAUGACAGACAUGGUCAAAUUGCUUUAGUUGGGUGACUCAUAGUCUUGCAAUAUACUGUUUUAAAACUAAACAAUUUACCAUAUGGUAACCCAUCAAUUAUUAUUAUUAAAUACUAUAAAAAAUUUCAUUUUAACAAAUCAGGAAAUGUGGCAAACAAAUGUUCAGAUCUCAUAUUGAUUAUUUGCUCUGUUAAGAAUGUGUUCAUUUUCUUUACUUAAUGUUUUUAAAGAUUACAACUUAAAAUCAGUAAAUAAAUGUUCUUUGAAACCAGGUUUCUGGUAAUCAACUUCAGAACUCUACUAAACGUAACAAAAAUAUUUUUUGGAAAAAAUGUUUUCUUUAUUUUUAUGAAUUUUAAACAAUUUUGAUUGUACAUGAGUAUAGAACUUUCCACAAAAAAUCUGCUGAAAAAAUGUUUAUUUAGGAAAUUUGUAGUUAUUGGUUUAACAAUAAGGCAUAUAUAGUUUCAUAACUAUGAUGAGGUAAAAAGAAAAAAAAAACAUGUUCAAUUAAAAAAUAAAGUAUACCGUAUAUG